AUUAUGAGUUAAACAUUUACAAAAGAGUAAUAGUUAUUAGUCGAUGAAAUCAUAAGCAAGGGCUAUAAUCAGGAUGAUUUUGAAGACUUUGUAUUGCACAAAGAACCCAACAAAGGUUCAAAAUCCUUUCAAUUCUUUAGGUUAAGAUCUAACUCAAUGGACAUAUGAGGAAUUAUUGAAAAUCAUCCAGCUAUAUCAAUAAGAGAGUAUCAAAAUCUAAUUAUUAUGCAGAAAAAGAACAAUAAUCAGAUUCAUAUCAAAUAGUCGAACUUGAUUCUCCAGACAUUUCUGAUCAAAUUCAAAUUAUAGAUCGAGAUACUUUUGUCCAAAAAUAAACCUUGGAAUCCAUCAAAAUCGUAUAUCAUUGUACUACCUAUCAUUAGACUGAUAAAAUAGCCUUGAUUCCAUUUGAGAAGACUGUCACUUGCAAAUAAAUGUAUUUUUUUAUAGAUGAAAACAUCGAACUCUAAUUUGACAUCAGUCCGUAUUUUAUUCUAAUAACAUUCAAGUCCCAUUCAAGAAGGAGGUGGCAUUCUAGAUUUUUUUUCAAAAACCAUUGUAUUCCCAAUUCAAAUUCUUCCAAUGGAAUGGAAGGUCAGAAGAACACUUCAGGAUUUCAUUCAACUCAGAAACAUACUCUCAGCGGCAUUUCCAGAGUACAUUGUAAACUAUUCUCUUAUUUAGAUUCCUUCCUUUCCUUACAACGACAUCAAUGACUAUGAUAUUAUCAUGAAAGAGCAAUAAAACAUUGUCAAAGUCUUGAAUGUAAAGUUCAUCGAUUACUUUUAUUUAGGUAUUCCUCUAGAUAUACAACAAAAAACCGAUUAUCAGAACAGUCCUUUCAAGUUUGCUUUUUUUAAAUGAAGAAAAUUCGAAGCAAUUUUAAUAGAAAUUUUACAAAGAACAAGUUCUCUAAAAAUAAUAUAACUUGAGUUAGAAGCAAUCUAAAACUGGCACUCUGACUUUUUCAUUCAAUUAAAAUCAAUAUCAAAAAUACAAGGACUAUUAAGUGUAUUUAAAUGGAGAAUAAGGAAAUUAUGAGAUCAUCUAAAAAUAUUUGGAACAAUUUGCUGAAUUCACAUAUAAAGGUCAAUAAAGUCUGGGUUACUCAAUAGAAAUGAUUUAAUCGUUGUGCAAUUCACUUCCAUAAUAUACAGAAGCUUAAGAAUUUGGAAAAGCUCUGUGUAUGAUUAAAUCCUAUUUUGUAAUUUGAAUCCAUUAUUUAGAUAGCAAACUCAAAAAGACUUUGUCUUAAGGUCGACCAAAUAAAUCAUGGAUGUCCUCUUGAUAACUUUAGUUAAAUUCAAGAAUUCCAGAUAGCAAUUAACUGAAUUGAAGACAAAUCUCUUUGAGACUUUUUAAAACUUUUCAAAUGAAUUCAACCUCCUUGAAAAAAGGAAGGAAGAUUUAUUCGUAAUAAGUAAAUGCAAUUUAUAUUUCAUAUAGAGGAUCUGUAAAAAUGGGGAUUGAAUUAAGAAUAAUAGCUUAAGGUUGAUAUCAAUAAAUGUUUUAAUGAUUUGAAAUAUGCCAAAGAAAUCAUGUUACCAAAAGACACCUUCUAUGUAGAUGAAAAAAGAGAUCAAUAUGUCUACAUGCUUAAUAAAUUCAAUGAAUAAUAUGAAUAACAAUUCAUAAUUGAAACCGAUAAACUGCUUAAUGAAAUUCAAUAUUAUUUAGACAACAUGAGAUGCUAUACAAACAAUUAAGUAAGUAAUCAACUUAAUUUGUAGCUCCAAAAUUGGGAUUUCUUAAUUUAGGAAUAUGAGGAAUAUAAAAUAUCGUAUUAAAAACAAAUUUGUGUAAAAUGA